AACUAUGAACACACUGAAUUCCUAUAAAUUAAGCUCAUUUGACCCUUGUGGAAAAAAUACCUUGGAAAACAAUAAAGAUGGCAAAAUUCAUCGCAGAUACGAAGAGCAAGUUUCAAGAUCUGUUUGAAUACCUUGUUUCAUGUGGAAAAUCUUCUAAAGAACCAGGAACUGAUCAGCAAGGGCUAGCACAGGACCAUGGACUAGUAAUAAUACCAGGAAAUGCACAAGAUGGCUAUGCACCAAUAGUACCAAUAAUAAUAGGUGAUGAACCAAGAAAUGAACAAGGCAAUAAUGGACCAAUAGUACCAAUUGGUGAACAACAAGACUUUGCAAUUUUUCCACCAGGAGAUGAAAGGAAUAAUUUUAUUGAUUUACCAGAAGAUACACAAGAAAAGGACAAGGAAAAUAAUAAUAAUAAUGAAGAAUAUCAUGGAGGUCCUGUACACCCUGAUGGUAAAGCAUAUAUUUCAAGACCUCCAGGCAAAAGAUCAGCUCCUGAUCCUAAAACUGGUUCAUAUAAUAAAUAAACACAAAAAAUGUAUAAAUCCUAUUAAUGUUGUUCAUUUGACCAAUAUGUAUCCUGCACGUGAGCCUGUGGGGUUGUGUUUUUUAUUUUUGUCUUUUUGUUAUUUACUUUGUAUUAUUUGUUAUGUUCAUCUUUCUCAUA